GCGGCACCAACGGCUGCAGGUGCCGCAACAGCGUGGGUAGGGGCGGGCGGCUCCUCCCCCUUGGGCACCAGACCCUCCCCGCGCCUGAGGGGACUGCGGCCGGCACAGCUGUGCGGGCUGGACGGCUGUUUAAGACACCGCCUCCUUUCCGUGAUGUCAGUUCGUGAUGGCUAAGCCCCUUUCCUCCCGCGCAGUCCCCGACCAAGGGGCCCGGGCUGAAGAGUAGCCCCGCGCGGUUCCCAGGUCAUAAAUUCGAGUCAUGUUACAAAUGAGAAGGUUACGGACUUUGCUGCAUCAAGUUACACGCAGCUUGGAGGAAAAGGAUAAUACUGAUAGUCUCCAGAAAGAGAUUUCAUUUUUGGACUGUCCUCCGGAUGGAGGUUGGGGAUGGGUUGUGGUGCUGGCUGCAUCUACGCAUGCUUUGCUUGUCAGUGGAUUCCAUUCUGCUUUUGGUGUUUACAUGGUAUCCUUACUUGAGACCUUCAAGUCAAGUAGCUCACGGACAGCCUGGAUUGGAUCACUCAGUUAUGGUUUCAUCAUGAUUUUUGGUCCUGUUUCUGGAAAACUUCUGCAGAAAUAUGGAGCCAUAAAAGUAGCAGUAUUUGGAGCUCUAAUUAUGAUUGCAGGUGUCAUUUCUUCAUCUUUUGCUCAUGAUAUAAGUAUUCUGUUUUUAACCCAUGGCCUCUUAGUGGGUAUAGGAUCAAGUUUUGCUUAUACUCCAGGUAUGAUAAUGGUAAGCCUUUACUUUACCACAAAGCGAUCGUUUGCAACUGGGAUUGUGAUGGCUGGAGGGGCAGCAGGAACACUAGUUCAGAAUCAGGUGCAUCGAUAUCUAAUCAGGACGCUUGGAUGGAGAACUAGUCUACGUGUGUUUUGUGGAAUUCUGGCAAUAGGCAUUUUUGCUGGGUUUGCCUACAGACCACUGGAAAAACGAAGACAUCCAAGUGUUGUUGAAAACUUUCAAACAUCACCAUUAAGAGGUUUUAUAGUUGAUCUAAGAUUAUGGAAGAACAGUGUCUUUGAGCUCUGGGUGUGCGCUCUUGGGUUAGCAAAAUUUGGAUUCUUCAUACCUUUUGUUCAUAUGAUGAAGCUUGCAAAUGACUUGGGCAUUUCAUUGGAUGAUGCACCAUAUAUUAUGGUAGGAACUGGAAUAAGCAGCCUGCUUAGUUGUCUUUUUUUUGGAAAGAUUUGCAAUUCGGAGAAUAUUAACCGUCUCUUUAUUAACCAGGCAUCUGUAUUUUGUGUUGGUGUGUUAUUUUUGCUUAUUCCUUUUUGUAAAACACUUACAUCUCUAAUUGCCUUUGGCACCCUUCUGGGAUUUUUCGAUGCAGGAAACUAUGUUCUUUUGCCUGUGCUGACUUUUGAUUUAAUGGGAGCAGAGAAAAUGCCAGUUGCUUGGGGUUUUAUGAUGGCUGUCAAUGCAAUUAGUUGUUUUGGUCCACCAUUUGCAGGCUGGAUAUAUGACAUGUUGGGGAGUUACAACAUUGGGUUUGUAGUCCCUGGGCUUUUCUCUGUUGGAGCAGCAGGUAUUCUUGCUUUCAUUCCCCGGCUGAAGAAAACAGCAGUACAGGAGAAGAAAAAUAUUAUUCAUGCCUCUGUUUGUGAGAUAACAAGCAGUAUAAUACCUUGGGGGUCAUCAUCUAUUUCAGAAGGGACGCUAAAUAAUUCUGAAACAAGGCGUUCCAUUCCUGUCACUUCAAACACAGAUAUAACAGAAGAUGAAAAAGGAGAACCUUCAGGUUUAGCAAAAGAACCUGAGACUCCUGCUCCCUACGAAAACGAACACGAUGUAGUUUUAAGUGAAGAAGAAGAAGAAGACAUACAUGAAGUAUCAAGUACCACCACUAGUACUUAAAUCAAUGGUAUUAAAAUGAUUUUCAGUUGAUAUUUAGCUAUACAGCUUUCCAAUAUGGUCUCAGUGAAUGCAAUGGUCAGGAUCAAAGGAUAGUGACAGACUGAUGAGAUGCAGCUUAUCUGUACAUUUAUUUUUAGUAUAUCCUAAACUGAUAGAGAAUUGGUUACCAUUUGUUUGAUCAUACAUCCUUGAAUAUACUUGUUUUA